AACAACAAGAAGAUAAAGAGUUAGAUCACCUUAAAUCAUUGGUUCUACAAAUAAUCACAUCAUCAACCACAUUCUAAGCCAAGAGAAAUGAAAAAAAAGUUGUCAAGUACUUGCAUUUUUGAAGAAGCAAACAAUAAAAAACGUAAAAUUGAGAAAGAAAAUACGUUUUUAUCGUUUCGAUGUCAGAGUUGAGCAAAAUUGACGGCUUUCUUGUCCUUCUUUGUGGCAGCCCCCCCACGCGCACACCAAACGGAUCUGUAAAAGCAAACCCGACACACCUCCCCCAAUCCUUUCACAAUUCACACCCAACAUCGAUCGAAUGAGCAGCUUCACUCACUUCUACGAAACCUGGUUAAUCCACCUGCACCACCUGCUGAACCAGCUCCACUCAUCUCCCCGACCCCCCUCCACCGCCGACCACCACCACCACCUCCUCCACCUCCUCCACAGGGUCAUGUCCCACUACGCCGAGUACUACCGCGUCAAGUGCCUCGUCGCCGAGCGCGACGCCCUCUCCAUCUUCGCCGCCCCCUGGGCCACCUCUCUCGAGCGCUCCCUCCACUGGGUUGCUGGGUGGCGCCCCACCACCGCCUUCCACCUCGUCUACACCGAGUCAUCUAUUCGCUUCGAGUCCCACAUCGCCGAGAUCCUCCGCGGCCUCAGCACCGGCGACCUCGGUGACCUCUCCCCCACUCAGUUCCGCCGAGUCAGCGAGUUACAGUGUGAAACAGUAAAGGAAGAGAAUGCUAUAACGGAGGGGCUAUCAGAGUGGCAGAAUGGUGCGAGUGAGCUCAUUGGCGAGUGCGCUGACAUCGAGGAGAAAAUCGGACGGCUGGUAAGUGUUAUAAAAAAGGCUGAUGAUCUACGGCUGAGAACGGUCCAGAGGGUGCUGGAGUUGCUGACCUCACAUCAGGCUGUGGAGUUCUUGAUUGCGGCCGCUGAGUUGCAGUUUGGAAUCCGCUCGUGGGGGGAAAAUCAGGACCGUCUGCGAGAUCGAUCGCACGGUUGUUAGUUUAUGGUAGAUGUUAAUUUGAGUACGUUUGCUUUGCAUUGUAGUAGCAAAAGAGCAACUUGGUUUUUUUUUUUUUUUUUUUUUUUCUUGUUUCUUUGGUGUCAUUCUCCUACACAUUUUUUUUUAGUGGGGUUUUGCAACCGACUUAACAAGGAGUAUGGGUGGUAGUUUGUAUUUGCUUGU